GAGCUCGCAUGCCGGCAUCGUCGAGUGAAAUCCAGGUUUAAGGUUGAGUUUCUUGCGUCUUGAGGGGGAAACAGAAAAAACAGACAAGAGGCCGAAGAGUGAGCCGUGCCUUUGCAGUUUCCCUGCGUUAGGAAAGAAAUUGGAAGGAAGCAGACGCUCUUGGGAUUUAGCUAAAGAUCCUGGCGCAGUUCCGUGACACACACACAGCUCCCAUUGUGUUAGCCGCUGCUUUGCACAUCUCCUAAUUUGGAUUUACCGGGAAACUCAUUUCCUGAGAGUGGAGAGGGAGGCUGGAAGAGUCGGCAGUGACUGACCGGCACCGAGAAGAGAGAGAGAGAGAGGAGAGAGCGAUGGCGAGUGGCCGGCGCUGAGGACCAUGCCGGGGGCUGGAAAAGAGCAGCGGCCGCCAGCCCAGCAGCAGCAGCAGCGGCACAUGCUGAAGUGUGUGGUGGUCGGGGACGGCGCGGUGGGGAAGACCUGUCUGCUCAUGAGCUACGCCAACGACGCCUUCCCGGAGGAAUAUGUGCCGACCGUGUUCGACCACUAUGCAGUAACCAUCACCGUCGGAGGAAAGCAACAUUUGCUUGGUCUGUAUGAUACUGCUGGACAGGAGGACUACAAUCAACUGAGACCUUUCUCUUAUCCAAACACUGAUGUGUUUUUGAUCUGCUUCUCUGUGGUAAAUCCUGCAUCAUACCACAAUGUGCAAGAGGAGUGGGUGCCUGAGCUUAAAGCGUGUAUGCCGCAUGUGCCUUAUGUACUGAUUGGAACUCAGAUUGAUCUAAGAGAUGAUCCCAAAACACUGGCCCGAUUAAUUCAUAUGAAGGAAAAACCCAUCACAUAUGAACAAGGUGUGAAGUUGGCUAAAGAGAUUGGAGCACAGUGUUACCUGGAAUGCUCUGCCCUCACACAGAAAGGAUUGAAAGCUGUAUUUGAUGAAGCAAUUUUGACAGUUUUCCAUCCCAAAAAGAGGAAAAGAGGUUGUGCAAAAUGUCGUGUGUGUUGUGCAAUAAUAUGACGGAAUGCACAAGGACAAAGGAAUGUUGCAAGAAAGCAAGUUCUGGUUGACUAAUAAGAAAAGUUGAUUGUAAAAGCAGUAAGCUUUUUAAUUGGAAAAGGAAACAAAAAAUUCUUUCCUGGUUCCUUAAUAUGAAGAAGAGAUGGAGAGCGGGUCCAGUGAGGAAUCAUCUGCAGUAGUGGACUAACUUAAAACUAUCGAACCUCACAAAUGUCAUAUUAGUUUACUGCAAAGUACCGGUCACUUUUCAAUUUGCCAGGCAUGCAUCUUCUCUUGAUCCUGGCCGCAAAGCACUGAGCCAUUGUUUAAAAAAAUGUCUGUUCUUAUGGCAGAGAUGUUACUGGGAAGUCUGAGGAGUAAAAGAGCCAAAGGUGUUAGACAGAACACAUUGAAGCACUGCAUCGAAAACCUGUUACUUUUGGCUAAGUUUUUCGUGGCCUUACGCAGCUAUUUAUAAAGCUCAGCUAAUGCAAUUUGAAGACCUCAGUAGUAUUUAUGCUGUACUGCCUUCCUUAAGCUGGACAAGCAUUUAUUGCAACUUACAGUCGACAUCUGAACACUUGUAGCCAUGUAGGGAUUAAUGAAAAACUCAUUUAAGCUGAUAUUUCUGAAGCAUUGUGAUGAUGGCCACAUGACAUCAUUAGCAAGCUGGCAUUACUUUAUAACAUCUGCACUACAUAUCAAAUUGAACACCUAAGAUUUUAAAUGAGAUCAUGAAAUCCUAGCUUUCCUAACUCCAUAACAAGUUAACUGAUUCAUUUCCAUCUCUCAUGAUGACAACUUUAAACAUUUGUACCCAAGCAACAUAUAUUUGUUUUUUGUUUGUUUUUCUUAGUGAUGACAAAGACUUGCAUACUCCAUUUUAAGUAUACCUUCCUCUGACUAAAAUUCAAGUAGCAUUUUAGGUAAAACCAAGAUUCAUGGUGUUGAGUUUUGUAGAAAGGAGUAAAUCUACUUGCUAAGUAUGUUGGCAGCAUCUUGCAUUGGUGUAUUGAUGCAUGGCAUCACUGGGGAAUGAUUCUUUUAUUCUAGUAUGUUGAUACUGAGCAGAGGGUGGGUGCACUUCCAAAGCAGGGAAGAGAAAAUUUGAAAGGGUUUCUAACCGCUCAUUCUCGUACAACCUUCUGGAGGCAGAGGCCUGCGAUCACAUCACCAGUUCUCUACUUGGCUGCAGUUAGUAGUGUAAUUAAGCCAGAAAGUAGAAAUGGGGAGGAAAAAUAAAAUGGCCUCAGUAACAAGUAGCUUAAUUACUUUCUGGCAUUGGCAUGCAUUCGAUCAAUUAAUAGUGAAGAAGCUCGCUUCAGGCCUUCCUGUGAUUUUUUUUCACCUGACCUCUCCUGCUACCAACCUAAGCAAACCAAUAGUUGAUGAGGUAAUUUGGUGAAUAGAUUCUCUCAUUACUCCUUCCAUGAUAAGUAUCUAAUGUAUAUUAUUUUUCCAUUCUUUACACCAUUUUUUUUGUUUAUUUGUCCUAAAUAUUCAAAAGUAAUGUUCACUUUCUGAAAGUACAGUGUCACAUUUUGAGUGCAAGCUGCCUUGGACCACCUUCAGGUCAAGUAGAACAACUCUUUUUCAUUCAGACUGGUACAAAGGAACACACAAAGCUACGUUGAGGCCAUGAUGUUUCCUGAGCUACAUAGCAACGUGACCAGAAAAGUCUAUUAGGGAUAUCUUCAUGCUGUACCUCAGUUUGACUUGAAUUCAAGUGCUACUGUAAAUCCAGAAUAACUCCCUUCAAUUCAUGAAGCGUUUAGCCUAAGAUUUGUUGUAGUUUGUCAGCUUUAUAAUGUGCCCUAUUAAAGUUCUUCCCUCACCCUUCAUCUCAAAUGUUUGUCCUGAAAGCAGUUGGAACUGUAAGCUAAUAAGGGCACAGUUAGGGGGUGAAAAAGGACAUUUGGAGCAUUGAUAAACAAUGAGACCUUGAGUGUAACUGUAGUGAAAUUGAAGCUUUGAGAAGGAAACUGUGGAACAAUUGAGCAAGAGAGUGAAUUAGAGUCAAAGAAUGUGCAGAAAGUAUAAUAUGGAGAACUAGGUUGGAACUGAAUGAGAGAGACAGACAAAAGUGAAGGGAGAAUUAGAAUUUAAAUAUCAAUGGUGCUAUUCAUCCUGCAACUUGUGGCGAUUUUGCAAUUCACAGGGUAUUUCCUUCCUUGCCACAAGUUACCAGAUGAUUUACAUAGUUAAUAAAGGUAAGUGCCACUAAAUCACCCAUAAUUUGGUAAAUUCUGGACCGUUGAUAAAUACCAGCUAAAAAAUGGCUGGUAAGUAUAAUUUACAUCCUGACUUAAGUUAUGCAAAUGUGUGUUAGUUAUAUUUAUCACUUGAAAUUAGGGUUGUGCUGACAACAAUUAUUCUGUGUAAAAUGAAUAGCACUCCAAUUUAACUAACUUUUUUGUUGAGUUGAAUCAUUUCAAACUGUUCCAACAACUCCCAAGCUUUCCAGAACAAUACAGGCUCAGUCAGAAGGUAUUAGUCAUCCUGAUUUGAUUUGCCAGAAUAAGAUUUUCCAUAUAUAUUUACCAAUACUAUCAAUUCUGCUAUCAUGUCACUGGGACUUUCAAUUUGUUUCCUUCUAUUUGCAUAGUGUUUACCAGAUAUUUUCUGAAUGUUUGGAAUCAUAACUUUGGCAUUUUGCAGAGCCAUUUUCAUGAAUGCUAACUCAGUGGUACCUUAAUUAGCUGCAUCCUGUUAAGGUUUUUUUGUUACUUAAGUAAGCACAAGUCAAUAUUUUUCUGUCUCAAUUUUAUCAUUUUGCAUUGCCAUAACCAGAUAUUUGCGCCAGUGGUAACAAGUCAAUAAAUAUGCCUGAUAUGAUAAGAUACAUUCCAAUCAGUCAUCCCUGGCUCUUGUUAGUUGUUUUGUUAGUAAGAGCUGGCUUGCAAGAGCCAACAUUUUAUUUGCAUUUCUUGCACAUGCAAGUGGCUACUAUUCACCAGCUGGCAAAAUAAUGUAGGUCAAAAUUUUUUCAGGUACUUUGUGUUCAAGAGUUUUCUCAGUUAUCACAAGUGAUGUGAACUUGGGAUCACUACAGAGUACAUUGCCCUUUUUUGAUUGCUUAGUUACCUAUUCAUGAAAAGGCUCCUGGAAUUAAUGCGUUCAAAGUUUUUUUUUUAACUUUUUCAAUACUUAUUAUAUGCAGUUAAAAUAUGAAUAUAACUAACAUGAUCAGGAAGCCAAGUCUGAGAGAAAACAUGAGCUAUGGAUGUAUAUGGUAUCUCAAACUCAGAUUUUGGAGGUUCAAAAAUGAAGAAAAUCUAAUGGAAUAUCUAACAUCACAUGAUGUCACGGACCAUGAAAGUUUGAGAGAAGAGGGUGGAAUUAGUGUAUAGUUUAAAUGAGAUACACAUUACCUCAUUUGUUACUAGAUAUGGUAUCCACAAAACAUCACAUGGAAACAUUAUCAGUAUGCGAAAUAAUCUGAAUGUAAAUAGUUACACGUCUAAAUACAGACAAAUUCUACAUGAACUGCGAGCUCUGAUUGUCUAGGCUGAACAAUUCAUUAAGUUUGAGCAUUCAGAAAUGUUAUUAUAUGGUAGUGUUCUAACUGUUCCUAUUGGAAUCCAUAGUUAACAUGAAAUUUUGUAGUAGGGCUGCGUUGCUACAUUUCAGUGAUCUGCCAAACUUACAGGCAAACAAACAGGAAACUCCUUUGUUUUCAAUUAAAACUAGCUAAGAUAUAAUUUAAUGUAAUAGGGGUUCUGAUCUAAUCAACUGAUUAUAUUUUUACAGAUCUAAUUAAUUGAGCAUUUGCUACUAUUUUAUUUGUCUCUGUUCAGCAAUCUUUGUUUCUUAAGAGUCAAUCCAGGCUUGUACUAUUUUAAUUACUGUAUUCUUACUGAUAUCCUGAACAUUGUAGCUUGGAAUAGGAAUCCAACUUUUGUUUCAUGCAUGGAAGGACUAUACGUACUUGCAAGUUCCAAGGUAUAUUUUCUGAAAACUGACAAAAGGGGGAUUACAAUCUUGAACUUGCAUUCUUUUUAUUGUAUGAAGCACAAUACAUAUGUAUUCACCUCCUCGUUUAUUCUAUUGCAAUCAACAGACAAGUCUGUCAACAUCUGUUAGAAUGAAACAAUCCAUACUUAGAGCUUUAUGAAGUUCUUGUAUCAGUAAUCAUUAACAACUAUAUUAAAUUAAACUUUGUAAGGCACUUUAAUAUGUUGACUUAAUAUACAUUGACAGAAUAGGCAAUAUAAUUUAUUUCUCCUGAAACAUUGGACAGUUCACCUUAAAUGAUCGAUUGGGCUUUUAUUUUGAUGGGCCUAGGUACCAGGUGGGGGAGAAAAAGUUAAGCACAAAAUAAACUAGGGUCAACUCAGCACCGCCCUCCUAACCUGCAAUCCUCUUCCUGACCUCUCCGCCCCCACCCCACUCCGGCCUAUCACCCUCACCUUGACCUCCUUCCACCUAUCCCACCUCCAUCGCCCCUCCCCCUAGUCCCUCCUCCCUACCCUUUAUCUUAGCCUGCUUGGCUCUCUCUCUCUCUCUCUUAUUCCUGAUGAAGGGCUUAUGCUCGAAACGUCGAAUUCUCUAUUCCUGAGAUGCUGCCUGGCCUGCUGUGCUUUGACCAGCAACACAUUUGCAGCUGUGAUCUCCAGCAUCUGCAGACCUCAUUUUUUACUCUAUCCUUUUUUUUUUGACAUUAAUAGAUACAAAGCCAUGAACAACAUGUUUUAAAUUACUAUGGACGAUAAUUUAGAAAUCAGUUUAAAAAGGAAUAACUCUUCAUUCAAUUGAAUGACGUUUUGGUCUUAAAUACUGUCUUUAUAUGCUUUAUCUUGCAUGUGUAGCCAUUAGUAAUCAUUUGUUUUAAAUAUAUUCAGUUGAUGCUGUCAAAAAAGAAUUUCCUUGGGAUGCUGUUCAAGUGCAUCUGGAGAUUGCGUGAGAAAUCAAUGUAUAUAUGCUUGGAAGCAUGCUGUAUAGUUUAUUUUCCAAUGUAUUCUGCAUCUUUGCAGUUCAUUAGGUUGAUUUUCCUUUUAACUAAAAAGAUAAAUCUCUUAUUCAAAAACUUGGGGUGAGUACUGAAAAUUGGGCUUGGAAAUAAAAUCAAAAUUAGAUUUUGCAAUUUAAACUUGAUUUUCAUGGAAGGAAACAAGCAAUCAUCUCUUUUAAGAAAUCCAGUCAACAAAACUUGUUAACAUUGUGUAUGAUUACUUCCACUUGAUUUCAAUAGGGUAAAUAGUCCUUAAAGCUUGAAAUACAAGUUCAGCCUCUAAAGGGUUUUAAGCGAAGGGGAUUUUGGUAAUUUCCAGCACUAAUUUAAAAUGGAUGAGACCGGUGUUGUCUCUUUGAAAGUGAAUGGGCUUUAGCAGUUUCAUUAGCAACUGGGAAAAUUUUAUCAGGAUGUGGCAUUGUGCUCAGCUUCUUCAUUGACCUAAAGUGUUUUCUUCUAUCCCUGAAAAAUUACAUCCCCCACCCCCCCCCCCCCCCAAACACUGUCCCCAAUCUUUUGCUACCAGUAAUCCUCCUCUUGUUGCCUGUGCCGUGUCUACCCUCCAUAGGUAAUAACUCAUUCAAAAUGACACCACUUGUGUCCUGCUUGUACCCCUAAAUCCUGUAAUUCUGGCAAAAUUAUCGUCCUCAAGUUUUUAUUUUUACUAACUUUCUGUGUACCAGUGUGAGUUCAAAAUGUUCUUCCUAGUUUUCAAACGUGUGUGUGUGUCUGUGUGUGUUAUUCUUCCCCUCCUUAGACCUGCAAAUGCAACCGUUGAUGCUCGUAAACUGAAAUUCUAACCCCUUCCUAACCAUCGUGGACAAAUCUCUGUAAAAUUGCUAUGCUCCUGCCCUUUCAAAAUCUGAACUCUGCAUCCUGUUUUGUGACAGCACCUCACCUCCUCUCAAAAACUGCCUCCAUCUUCCAUUCUGAAGAAAUAUGUUUGAUUCUGUAAAGGAGAAAGUCCAUUCCAUGUCCCUUCCUCUUUCUCAUGCUGUGUACCUUACUAUUACUUUGCGUAGUACCCAGAAAUUCUUUACCCGUGCUUGAGAAACACUUUUCAAAAAAAAGUCAUGAUGUGAUAAAACAUUUUUAUGAAAUGAGGCAUAGCACCAUGUUUGGAUCUAAAGCACAAUUUCAUAACUUGUGUUUUAAAUGGUAGUUUGGUUGGACAAGAAGCAAUUAGCUGUUUAUUUGUAAUGGAAAAGACCAGUUAAGACAAUAAGGAUGAAACAAGCUAUUUCUUCACUGUGCGAGCUUAGAACAGGAUGAAAAAGUAAAAGAAUUCUCUGACCUGCUAAAUGUACUCCAGUGUCUUCAGAAUUGCUGACAGUAGGCUUUCAACCUGAUCUCCAGUGGAAAAUGAUUCAACAAAAAAAAUACAAAAUGUUCAAUUUAAUUGCAUGUAGCUUUUAAGGGUGGGGAUUUGGGUGUUUUCAUCCAGUACAAAAAACAUGUUCCUGUGAUCCCGGACUUUUUCAUGGCCAAGGGAACAUUGUGAUAAAUGUGCUGGUAUGUGAGCUUCUCUGGGUGGCUAGUAUCUUUUUUUCUCUGGGCUCAACAGCAAUAAACACUGCACAUUGAAUCAACAUAUUACUGUGCUAUAUAAUUACAAUAUAUCACAGCCAUUCAUCAAUAAAUGACAACAAGACAAACGUUAUUUCCUUCAAUCAAGUUGACCAGUCAGCAGAAUUCCAUGUUAAUCUGCCUGGCACUUUCCAGAUUACCAUUUUUUAAAAAACAAUGCAAUACUUAAAACCAAAUUGAAAUAGGAAGUAUUCUAUAAAAAUAAAUUAUUUCUCAGCCCUUUUGAAUAAAUUUGUGAAAUAGGUGGAUGGUACACAACAAAGUUCUAAUCUAUAAAAGCUGUGACACUGACUACACAUUAAAAGUGGUUCACCAGUUGUAAGGUACUCAGGGAUGUACCUAGAUCAUUAAAGGCACUAUCUGAAUGCAAUUUUUGGCUUUGAAAAUGUAAAGAAUCUCCAAUCCAGACAUUAUUACACAUCUAGUCAGUCUAACUGCACAAUAGAUUAGAAAUUGGACAUCUCAACAAUUACAAAUCCACAAUCUAAUUGCUUUGCUCUGGAAGUAUUCUCAAUGGAAACCCUGCCUGCUUUUCGCUUAGAGACUUCCUGAAUUAAUUAGCUUUCAAAUUUUAAGCUUGUUUCUAAAAUUGCAAUUAGAGACUGGCAGGCAGGUAAACAAGUAUUCUGAUGAUAGAUGAGAGCUAGUUGGAAGAAAAGGUUUAUCUGUCUCACUGGCCUUGAUGGAUGGUUGCAGUGGAGAAUGCAAUGGAAAAUGAGUGAAAAUGGUGUUAGUGCCAUGCUACACAAACAGAUCAUUCAUUCACUAGCUGUAAUUUGCAAUGGAGAAUGUAUGAAGGAAUUUACAGAGCACUGCUUUGAACUUCAAUUUCUCAAGGGUAUUUAGAUGCCACUUAAAAUAGUCUCUUCGCAUGAUCUAAUACCAUAUCAAAAUGAUAUUAAUAGAAAUUACAUUCAUAUAAAUGUGGUGAUUGUACAGUCUGUGAAUUGUUUUUCAAUAAUUCAACUAACUCAUUUGUUUAUUUAAGGAACUGGAAUCUUUCUUAAAACAAGAGUUUUGGGCUGGCUGCUCUUUAUUCUUCCAAUACUCAAACAGUUACUGGCUGUGGCAUUUUCCUGACCAGUUUCUCAGCUUAAGUGUCUGUGGUCUUCCAGUCACCAGUUUAAUUGUUGGUUAGGAAAUACUGUACUUUUAAUACAUACACAAGUUUCGUGAACAUAGCGGUAUUUUAUAUCCCUCCGCACUGCAAUUACCCUUUUUAUGAGCUCAAAGAACAGCAAUCUACUGCAGGUAAGAUGUCUAUAGGAUUAUCAAACACCAUAACUUCACUCAGGAUAAAUAAUAAAAGUAUGCACGGUAUAAUAAUUUAUCUAAAAUUCAUUGUAUAAGCUGAAUGUUGUGUUGCAAAGCACAAGUGUUUUGGGGAUGCAAACUUUAGAAUUAAAAAAAAAUCUUAUGUCAGUUAUUACAAUUGUCCAUAUGUCGUUGCUUGAUUUGUCACCAGCACCAGCUUAAAAUUUUGACUUUAUUUUAAGUUUGAGGGCUCUGUCUGUCUGUCUAUCUAUUUACCUAUCAGUCAUAUCAUCUAGUUAGCAAAAUCUCCACCACUAUUAACCAGGUGUGAUUGGCACUAAUUGCGUUUUGCAAUUAUUUGUGUCUAUUGUUGACUUCCUUCAACACACAUUAACAAUUCUGUCUUAAUUUAAAACAAAAAUCUGAAGCAUCAAAAUGCAAGAACUGAAACAAAAGUAGUUCUUUAUGGUUUUCAUUUAAAAGGAUCUUAAUAAAAUGUCCUUAAAGAACCAGACUGAACAAAUCAAUGAUGUUGCAUACGUAAUCAUUGACAUUUUUGACUUGAUAAAGUAAAUCAAUUAAUAAUUAAUGUUGGGUCAAUUGUUCUUAACAAUACUUUUGUGGAUUUACUGUUGGCUUAUACAGUACAUCAUGUUUUGACUCAUUUGUUUCAAUUUACUUCACAGCAGACUACUGCCCCAAAUAGUAAAACAGAGUAUUAGCUAUGUUUUUUAAAUGCCUUUCUAUAAUAUGUACUUUGGGUAUAGUAAGUUCUGCAGUCAUAAGGAUCAGCUUGACAUCAGUGCUUAUGGGAUUGAUACCAUGGUUUUGCUUUUCAGAUAAGCAGUUAAAUUGCAGAAAAAACUGGCUAACAUAUCUAUCGCUAAUACUUGUAGAGAUAAGUACCAGUUGGUGCAUUUGAGAAUAUUUUUCAUCUAGCUUUUCAAAUAAGAUUCCCCACAUCAUCCAUUCAUACUUCCCAGCAAAUUUCAAUGCAUUAUCAGUAAAUAAUAAUAAUUAUUUUGCUCCCAGAAAAUGGUUUGGUGAAGGUAUGUAUGAAAGAUUCUAAACACGUGAUAAAAUACGUAAUCAAGGCAAGCACACUUUUAAACAUAAUCAGGUGACUUUAUUUCACAAUGUCAAUUAGUAAGCUGUAGUUGUAAGAUGAUAUUGUUAUAUCAAUUGUCUCCUUUGUUAAAAAAAUUCAGUUAUUAAUAAGCAUUAAUUUACAUCAUUAAACUUAAACUGGGAACAUACCACUGAUCUGAUCAAAUCUUUAUAUGUUGCAAAGAUCUGAAUCAUGUCUAGAUACAGUUCUUGCUCAACUCAGAAGAUGAUGCAUUUGAAAUAAAAAUCAUGUAAUUAAGACUUUUUUUUCCACUUUGCACAAACUGGUAACCAUGAAAUCUCUAUGAAAGUGUUGGAAAGUAAUUACAGUUUUACUGGGUAGAAUUCUGUGCUCGGAGUCUCUCUCUCUAAGUUGACUAAUAUGUUUGCUUACGGUAUCCAAGUACAAUAUCUUUUUAGUGCCUUAAUAUUGUUUCUAUGUAUUAAGCAAAUACAGGUAUUAAUGUUUCAGAAGAAGCAAUAAUUUAAACCCAAUAGAAAUGCAAAUUCCACAUGAUUUAACCUUGUUAAAAUAUGAAAGGCAACUUGUAAUUAGCAUUUGUAUGUGUAAUUCCAUAUUUGCUUUUGAUUUCUAUGCAACAGAUUUAAGUAAUCA